AUUGAAUGCAUUGAAAGUCAAUAAUCGAUUGCUUGCAUAACAUAUGGCUUUAUAGACAACAAUAACACACAUAUUGUACAUCACAUGCAUUGGUGUUGUGAUUGUCUUAUCAUUCAAACAAUUGACUAAAUAUAUCAUUAAAGAUAUCUACGGAUCAAUUGGUCAUCAAUGGACUGCAAGACACUCCGUAAUGAUGAAAUUGAGGCUUUGUCUGCUAUUUAUGGCGAAGAAUGGGUCGCUGAAGAUACAGAUAAUAGUGUCUAUAGUAUUAUAUUGAAGAGCGAUAACAAUUGCAACGAAAGUCACGGCAAACCUAAUGAUUGGCAAAAAAUUAUACGAUUGGAGUUCAGAUUACCCGAUGAAUACCCGUUAAGUCAGCCACCAAUGUAUACGUUGUCAGCGCCGUGGAUGUCACGCAAAGAAAAGGCAUCAUUAAUGGCACAGUUGGAGGACAUCUAUUGUUGUAAUGAAGCGCAAAGUAUUCUUUAUCUUUGGAUUGAGAAGUCCAGAGAGUUCUUGAAUUGUGAUGAAUCCAUCAGCGAUGACAACGAUAACAACGAUAAUUCUUGCGACUACCAAACGAGUCAUGAAAAUAAUGAAUAUAUUGGACUUAAAUCUAAUGAUAAGUCAGUUAAUAGUCAUUCAUCACAUUGUCAGCCCAUAUCAUCCAACCAUUCAAGUGGUGGUACAUCAUCUCCAGCCCUAUAUCACGGCGAACCACUAACAGACAGGAGGAGUACAUUUCAGGCACACUUAUCUCCUGUGCAUUCAGUAACCGAAGCACACGAAGCAUUAGCUGUUCUCAAAGUAAACAAAAAGAUAGAAAGCGCUACCCAUAACAUCAGUGCCUACAGAAUCUCUGGGGGUCCGCACAAUACAUGUCUUCAGGAUUGUGAUGACGAUGGCGAAAGUCAUGCCGGCUCUCGACUCUUGCAUUUGCUUCAAAUUUUGGAGGUAAAGGAUGUGGUGGUAGUUGUCUCGCGUUGGUACGGAGGCAUACAGUUAGGUCCCGAUCGUUUCAAACAUAUUAAUAAUGUGGCCCGAGAUCUACUACUUAGAUGUGGUUAUAUUGAUGAGUCAACUGAUGGCAACCAUUCAAACCAAAACAAACACAAGAAGAAAGUCAAAUGACAAACAUAUGAUUAGCUAUUUUACAA